CCCACAGUAGACCUGCUAGAAAGAUGGCCAAAGAGGAUCUCUCCCCGGACAGGGAAGAAAGUGAAACUAUUUAUAAGGAGUUCAAGAAAUUAAGGAAAACACUGGAUGCAUGUGCUCGGUUUGUGGGCUACGAGGUCACCAUUCCCACCUUUAAGAUGAACUGGAGGUCCUAUGCCAUUAUUGCCAUUUCCGUAGUCUUUGUGAUGGGAUCAUUUUACACUAUUUAUGAGGGAUUGUUCAUUGGCGGGGAUUGGAUGGUGCUUUUGCAGUGUACUUGCCAGGCCGGAGCCGCAUUCCAGUCCAUCGCCAAGAUAAUUUUUUAUAUAAAAGAUCGCCGAUUUCUUUGGGAGAUUCUGGAUAUAUUGGACGCCACCUACGAGCACGAGAGAUGCGGGGAACACUAUAAAAGGUGCUUGCAAGAGGACUUCCAGCUCAUCAAGCUGUGGAUGAAAGGAUUCGGAAUAUUAUACUGCAUUGUAGUCUUAUUAUGCGUUUUGUUUCCUCUAAUCUACUACAUCCUGUAUAAGAAAAAGCUGUUGAUGAUGACAUUUCUAGUGCCUGGCAUGAAUCCGGACACCACAUAUGGAUACUCUCUCCUCACCUCCUUUCAUUUCGGGUGCAUGGUGUGCGGAGGCGUGGGAAACUAUGCCGCCGAUAUGUAUUUGUUGUUCUUCAUUUCGUCGGCUCCGGUCUCAAAGAACAUCCUGCGCUGCAAGCUUCAUGAUCUAGAUGUCAAGCUAGAUGCUUUCAAAUCCCACAACCAAAUCAGUUCUCAAGAAAUCCGCGAGGAUAUGGUCAAAAUUGUCACAUGGCAUCAGAAAUAUUUGAGAGUUCUUGAGUGCUCGGAACGCGUCUUUUUUGUGAUUAUUUUUGUGGAGAUUGUGGCCUGUUGUGUGAGCAAUCUGUCUCUUCUGUACUGCAUUCUGAGAGGCGACUGGCCGUCGGCAAAGGUGUACAUCUUCUACUCAAUCAGCACAUUCAUGAUGUACUGCACCCUCGGGACCAUUGUCGACAAUUCGAACUUGGACUUCAUGGAUAUCGUUUAUAAUUUCCGUUGGUACGAUUUACCUCUUUCCGAGCAGCGGAUCAUGCUCUUCAUGCUCCGGCGAUCCCAGGCCACCAGCGGGCUCUCGGUGGGAAAAAUGAUGCCCCUUAAUAUGCAGACCGCCUUGCAGCUUUCUAAGUCCACGUACACGGUCCUGAUGAUCUUGCUCCGGGGCAAGGAGACUGUUGAUUAAUUUUAGCUCUUUGUCUAAUGAACUUGCCGCCUAAGAAUUUAAUAAACAGCCCCGCCACUUUUUAUGGGCACACACAAAAAACAUAAUGUCUGUUCGGCCACAGACCGUGGAAAAUAGUAGAGGAAAGAAAAAAAAGGCGGUCAAUGUAAAUGAGGGAAAAGUAUGAAAAAGCAUCGUUGGUAAGUUGUAAAAAUUGUCUUUUAAUGCCGCGCAAAUCCAGCAGAUUGCCACGUAGUGCUAAUAAAAUAAAGUUAUGUCCGGGCAUAAAGAACAGAAGCCCCGCACACCAAAAUAGUGUGCCACACCACCUCAGCAAGGAACACAGAAAAUAAUAAUAUCCACCGAAAUCCACAAAAAAUGGCGUUGAAAAUUGAGUGCGCGGGCGCAGGACGAAAUCAUAGGAUGGUUGAUUGGGAGGGGGGCUGUGAGGGGUCGGUAAACGCAUCAUUAAUCAAAUGUCCGAAGCGUAAGCACCGUUAUUCAUCAUUGCUUAUGGAUAAGGUGCCCCUGCCCAGCUCUUUGCAUCUUCUACGUCCUCUGGAAGCCCCACUUCAUCCCCUCAAAGGCAGAGGCGAGUCCUUAAGAAAAACCUCAUGAGUUGCCAUAUUCUUUUGAAGCUUUUUUGGGGCGAU